UACCAAGAAGUGCCUAUCUAGAAUAUUUGUCAAUUAGGGAAUUCCAUUUUUUUUGGUUUUUGUAAUAUUGGUUGGUGAAAUUGUAAUGGUUUUGUCUUGUCUUUUUGUCUAAUGUAAUUUUUAAUCCUAAAUACUGGAAAAAUAGUAAUUUUGUGCUGAGAUUUUGAGAUUGAUUAUAUUUUGAUAUAACGAAGUAGUAAAUGUUGUUUACUGGAUAAAUAUAUCAGUAUUUAACAUGUUUAAUUAGUGACAAAAAACACUGAAUUAUUUUGUUUAGCUGGUCACAGGAACGUGUUGCUAUUUGCUAUUAGCAGUCGAGUAGGUAUUGCUAUUGCUAAUGUUUAUUUUCUUGACCUGGGUUAAGACCCAUGUUUGGUUUUAAUGAAAAUAGAGGCAAUAUUAUAUUUGGACGUUUAAAUUAAAAGUGAAGAUGGGUUUAAAAUAUACUGUAAAGACUAUAGGAGUGGUUCUGAUAUUUCAACUUUUAUUUCAUGAACAUAUUGUUGAUGCAUCUGUGGUACCAUUGUCUUUGAUGGUAACAACAAAAUGUGAAUUUUACAACAGUUCUUGUACACCUGGUACUUGUAAUGAGGUAGUUGAGUGUGACGUUCCCGGGGAAGGAAAAAGGAAUCAUUGCUUUGUUUUAUGGUCUUAUGAACCUAAUGGUACAGCCAAUGUUUCCCUCAAGGGGUGUUUUUUAAAUUCAGAGGACUGUUAUGGCCAAAGAUCGUGCGUUGAUAAAACAUUCAGCCCUAAAAACAAUUUUAAUUACUGUUGUUGUGAAGGCGAUAUGUGCAAUGCCAAUUUUAGUUGGGUACCAGUACCAACUGAACCACCACCACCUAGUACUGCAGUUCCAACUGUUGAAGCAUCUAAUACUAUUUAUUACGUAAUCGGGUCUAUUGCAGUAGGCUUAUUAUUGCUAUUGUCCAUUGUAUGUUUCCUCUUUUGGAAAAGUCGGGAUAAGCGCUACUUUAACGGGUUGCCAACUUCAGAACCCCAUCCAUUACCACCUCCAUCUCCAGCUAUGGAUCAAAGACCUAUUCAGCUUCUUGAAAUCAAAGCUAGGGGUCGUUUUGGUGCAGUAUGGAGAGCUCAGUUCAAAACUGAAGAAGUUGCUGUAAAAAUAUUCCCUAUACAGGACAAACAAUCUUGGCAAACUGAACAAGAAAUAUUUAAGAUACCUUUUAUGGCCCAUUCAAAUAUCCUUCACUACAUAGGUGUUGAAAAGAGAGGUGAUAACUUGCAAGCUGAGUUUUGGUUAAUUACAGCUUACCACGAAAAGGGUUCUCUUUGUGAUUAUCUAAAAUGCCAUACAUUAACUUGGAGUGAAUUAUGCCAAAUCGCAGAGAGUAUGGCAAGAGGUUUAAUGCAUUUACAUGACUCGAUACCGGGAAAAACACCUAACGAACCUUCGAAGCCGGCAAUUGCACAUCGCGAUUUUAAAAGCAAGAAUGUUCUGUUGAAAAACGACAUGACGGCUUGUAUUGCUGAUUUCGGUCUAGCUAUUAUAUUCGAAGCUGGAAAAUCUUGUGGAGACACUCAUGGUCAAGUUGGCACCCGCAGAUAUAUGGCGCCCGAAGUAUUAGAAGGUGCUAUCAAUUUCACGCCAGACGCCUUCUUGAGGAUUGACAUGUACGCUUGCGGUCUUGUUCUUUGGGAAUUGGUUUCUAGGUGUAAGGCUCAAGAUGGUCCCAUCCCAGAAUAUCGUCUGCCAUUUGAAGAGGAAGUUGGACCCCAUCCAACAUUGGAAGAUAUGCAAGAAAGCGUGGUACAGAAUAAAGUCAGGCCGCGUAUACAGGAACAUUGGAGAAAUCAUCCGGGUUUAGAGGCAAUAUGCGACACAAUGGAAGAAUGCUGGGAUCACGAUACAGAAGCGCGUCUUUCUGCUUCGUGCGUCAUGGAGCGUAUUAUGGUACAAACCAGAUAUCAAGCCUCGAUGCUUAAUUGGAAAAUCGAAAAUGAAUCACCACUAAACCCAUUAAAGGAAGAUGAUGAUUAAUGAGGAAAUUAAUUAUGAAAACGAAUCGAAUUUGUCAACAGAUCAAUACCGUACCUGCAUCGCUAACAAUAGUGUACCUGCGCAAAUGCAGCUUGUGUCUUAGUUACCACUCUUGCCUAUCAGAUAUCGUUCAUACGAUUGAAGAACCGGACAAUUGCCAGGCAAGUUACAUUGAACAGACGAUUUCAUAGUGUUUAUUUUCCAAAUAGACGUUAGAUUAUAAACGAGAGACUUCCUUUUAAAGGAUAAUAAUAUGGUUGACUGUUAUAUAUUGCUCUUCCGAAUUACGCCUCCGACUAUAAGUUUUUAAACACUUACCGAUGUGCCAAUAGUCAUCUAUAUUUUAUUUUUCUCCUAUGGUAACUUGACUCAAGAGAUAUUUUAGUUUACAUUCAUAAAGAUUACACAAUUGAAACUGACGCCAAUAGACAAGUAAGAUUUUAAGAGUAAGGAAGUUUUUGGAAUGAAAAGGAUAGUUAAGUAAUAUUAUAUUGUAUUGUUGAUUUAUACAUAACAUUUUGAACUUGUAAAUGUUUUUUUUAAUGUAAAAUUUUCUAACAUAGAAUCGUUUAGGUCCUACGGGCCUGAAUUAAAUUUCAGAGAUAUAUUUUUUAAACGUGACUAAGAAAAGUAUAAAGGUUGUGUCUGGACAUUUCUGUAUGCACACUUGUCAUAAUUUUAUUUUUUUAUUUGUUGUAUAUAUUUUUACUUUUAAUAAAGAGGAGGUAGAAGGAG